UUUUACUAGCGGACCGAAAGUGUUACUGACGGGAUUCUACAGCAUCUUGAGCUGAAUUAAGACUUCAGAAGUCAUUCGUCAUGUCGAAUGACCAGCGGAUAAACUCUCAGGUGAAGAGCCUGAGGCCGGUGACAGUCCAGUUCUACUCUAAGUACAUCCUUACGGUGGCUCACAGGACAAGGCCACAUUCCUGUCCUGCCAGAAGAGAAGAGAAACUUCAGAGUCUUCAUGCAGUUCAACCUAACCUGUCAUAUUCCAUAUGACAGGGGUCUCAAACUCCAGUCCUCAAGGGCCUGUCACGGUUCUGGGUCAGUUUGGACCCAGUAUUUUGAGUUUAUUAUAUUUUGGUUUACUUUUGCAUUAUGGAUUGUUCUUUGUUUUUCUGGCACUUUGUGUUUCAGUUAUCUUGGUGUUUUGGAUUGUUUUCUCAUUUUGUGGUGAUGGUGAUGAUGAUUAUUGUUAUUGGAGUUCCAUGUUUCUGUUUAUUGGUAUUUAGGAUUUGUGUUCUCAUGUUUUGUGUGGGUUUAGUUCUAUGUGUCAUGUUCUGUCUGUCUCUGUGUCAGGUCUGCGUCUUGGUGUAGUGUUCUCGUUUCCUGUUUUAUUGUGAAGGUCCGCGUCUCAUGUGAGUGUGUUCAGUUUUACCCCUGUCUCGUCUUGUUGAUUAUUCCCAGCUGUGUUCCCCACCUGUGUGUAAUCUCCCUGUGUUUCUCUGUGUGUAUUUAAGUCGCGUCUUUAGUCAUUGUUGUUGCUGGUCCGUCUGCGUAUCCACCCUGCUUCAUCUGUGUGUCUCCCUGCUGUCCGUCGUCUGCUACCUCCGCUCAUCCUCCAUGUUCAGGUCCUGGUUGGUGUCAGUAGUUUAGUUGUUCUCAGUUUAGAUAAGUUUCGGUCCCGUUUGCUGUUUUGUCCAUUUCAUUUUGUGUUUAAUAAACCACCCUCUCACCUUCAUUCUUGCCUGCGAUUGGAUCCUCCUUUAUUAUUUUCCACACGGCUCAUCUCACUCGCCGUGACAGUACGGACCAGCCAGAUAUGGAUCCAGCGGCAUUCACCCCACCCACGGAGCUUCGAAACCUCAUAACGGACUCAGCUUCCAAGUUAAUCAACCUGUGGCUAAAGCAUGAGGGAGAAGCGUUUCUCUAUGCUGUGGAAGACAAGCUACAACAGCUUAUCUCUGAUUAUCCCUGGCUGUUGGACUCACUCCACCCGCUCGUUCAAAACUUCAUUCUCCACGAACUACACCUUCACCCUCCCGCCGUCACUGCUCGCCCGCUCGCUUCAACGGAGGACGUGCCGUCCGUACCGCCGGAUGAGGAGUUACCCGGCCCGUCGGAGACGUCUCCACGGAGGAAGCGACGUUCACGUCGUCGGCGCGGCACCCCACAGCCGGAAUUCAGAAUGUCAGAGCAGCCGGCUGUGGUGAGUGAAAGGGACACUGUCUCUGCUGCAUCAGACUCUGUGACUGUGUUUUCUGGAGCUGUCUUUUGUGUGUCUUCUGUAGAUGACAAUAAUUUUUCCGUCUCUCCCAUGGCCACUGCCCCAAAGACUGCCUUGUCUGAGCCUACAUUUUGUGUUAAUGACUGUGUUCAUGCUGUUGUUUCCAAGCCUGGAGUACCUGAGUCUAGCGCUAUGAACGUAGGGAAUUUAAGUGUCAGGGAAGUUUUUUUGUCUCCAUCAGUUCAUUCAGGGGAAGCUGUAAACCUCACUGAAACAGUUUUUCCUGACCAUAUUCCCCCAUCCACACCUUCACCACAAUUCACUGUGGGGUCUGUAACACAGUUAGCAGUCCAGUCAGCAGCCCAGCUGCCCUCAGUUCAGUCAGCCACUCCACCACCUGUUACACCUCCGCUGCCAUCAUCUUUGUUACCUGUAGUUCAGCAGCCUACCCACUCGUUCAUUCAGUCACCAUCCUCACCGUCUUGUUACGAGCAGGGAACACACUUCACCACAACAUCUGCUGGUUCUCUUAAGCUGGCCACCUCUGUAACAGUUACUCCCUCUAGGGCCUCCCCAGAGGCUGGGUGUCGCUCACCAGCCAACUCUGGACCCCUAGAGGUCAAGACGCCAGCGCCAGCAGCUCCCCCGGUAUUUAAGUCGCGUCUUUAGUCAUUGUUGUUGCUGGUCCGUCUGCGUAUCCACCCUGCUUCAUCUGUGUGUCUCCCUGCUGUCCGUCGUCUGCUACCUCCGCUCAUCCUCCAUGUUCAGGUCCUGGUUGGUGUCAGUAGUUUAGUUGUUCUCAGUUUAGAUAAGUUUCGGUCCCGUUUGCUGUUUUGUCCAUUUCAUUUUGUGUUUAAUAAACCACCCUCUCACCUUCAUUCUUGCCUGCAACUGGAUCCUCCUUUAUUAUUUUCCACACGGCUCAUCUCACUCGCCGUGACAGGGCCGGUGUCAUGCAACUUUUCCAUGCCCUCGAGGACUGGAGUUUGAGACCCCUGCCGUAUGGUGUUCAUGCUGUUUUCUACCCCACAGUUACAGCAUGUCUGACUGCCUGUUCAGCAUAUGCAAAAAUAUAUGAUGAGUUUAAGCAUGUGAUGACUAAGGCCUUCCAUUAUGGUGUUUGUCAUCACGUCACAGACAUCUGGAUGAUCAUU